GUCCUUGGAUACUUCACUACGUUGGAAAAUGGAAAGGGUGGAAGAGCUGAGGCAACAACUGAAGGAUGCAUUUGUAAUGUUGCAGGAUGUGCAGAGAAACAAAUGGCAGUUUAUGCAAAAGUUUCAAAAUACAAUUAUGGAAAUUGUGAUCAAAGAAGUUUCAGAAAACUUCCGGACUAGUGUAGGAGAGUAUUUUGAUAUGAGAAACGAGCACUUGCAUGCCACCCUGAAGGAUAUGGACGAGAGCCUCAACCAAGCGUCAAUGGUGCACACAGACAUCACAGCCCUCAGACUCCAGCUGUUGCAUGCCUGCAACGAAGACAUCCAGCCACCCUUCACAUCACAGGAAGACGCUGUAAUGAUAAAUGGGGGAGGCAUGACAGACCUCCAAAAUGUAUCAAGUGAGGCUGAGCACAUAGUUAUGCAAGUUAGUGAGCUGCAGGAACAGUCAUGUGGACUCGUCACCACCCUUGCUGAAAACAUCACUCAGAUGGUUGACACAAUGCUGAGUGAGGUAACUGCUUCGAUUAAACGGGAUGAUGAGGAGCGGUUGAAGGAGGCACAAGAGCUUUGGCAGCAUGGCGACGAGGAGCUGAAUAAAGCAGUACAGGUACUGCAGAGCAUGGAGAAGGUGAAGCAACAGAUAGAGUGCCUCUGCCGUAUCCUUAGAAAACCUGACAUUUGAAAACAUACACAUGUGAGGUUACCUACUAAUUAUAACACACUACAAGGACUUCAUGCUUAUUACCUGCAAUAUCAUUUUUGUAAUGGAAGAAUUUUCCGUUAUGUAACCCUCUAUAUCAGGAACUUUUUUUUUUUUUUUUUUUUUUUUAAGAUUUACCUUGGGUCUUGUUAAAUGUACAUUGACAGUCAUCUACCUUGUAUUCUUUAAAUAAAGUGUAUGUAUGAGAUUAAAUAUCAUAAAAUAUU